AUGGCAGCCCUGCAAGCCCGAGGCCUAAUUUUCCCCUCAUCCUCUUCUUCGAGCAACGGCUACCAGAGGGUCCGUGCUCUUCUCAGAGUUCCUGUCGACCUUGGAACACUUGGAGUCUCCCUGCCCAAGCUUCCACAGAUCGCCAAGCGGCAAGAAGGUCGAAUUAGCCUCGGAGAACUCGAUAAGAUUGACGCCGACAGCAGCCGAUCGCCGGCACCUGCAAUGGCCGACGAGCUCGUGCUCUCGAAGAUGUACGCCGUACUGGAAGCGAUCGCCGACCGAGCCGAGAUGCACGCCAUCAUCGGAGAGCAGAGGAACAACUGGAACCACCUCUUCACCGGCUCCGUCAACUCCAUCACCCUCGCCGCCUCCUUGAUGGCAGGUGUCGCAUCCAUCUCCGCCGCCGGCGACCCCUUGGCCUUCAAGGUGUCGUCGGCCAUCCUGUUCGCGGCCGCAGCGGGGAUCAUGAUGAUCACGAGCAAGAUUCAGCCCUCGCAGUUGGCGGAGGAACAAAGAAAUGCGACGCGGUUGUGGAGGCAGCUCGGGAGGUCCAUCGAAACAAGUCUCGGCCACCGAUUCCCGACCGAUCGCGACGUCUCGGAGGCAGUAGAGAAGAUGCUGGCGCUUGAGAAGGCCUACCCGCUUCCCCUGGUCCCGGGGAUGCUGGAGAAGUUCCCGGCGGUAGUCGAGCCCACUCGGUGGUGGCCUAAAAUUCAGCCGAAGAGAUCACGAGCAACGCACGCCGGUAAUGGCUGGAGCAAAGAUCUCGAAGAGGAGAUGAAGGGAGCGCUCAGAUUGCUCAAAGUAAAAGACGAGGAAGAGUACAUUAAGCUGAGUAACUUGGCGCUGAACGUCAACAAGGCCUUGGCCACGGCCGGACCUCUUCUCGCAUGCGCCGCCGCGAUGAGCUCCGGUUUGAUAGGUUCUCCUGCGCUCGGUCCGUUGCCGGCAUUUGUGAGCGUCGUCGGCGGCGUGCUUGCGGCGACAGUGAACACAUUGGAGCACGGUGGGCAAGUGGGGAUGGUGUUGGAGCUGUUCCGCAACUGCGCAGGGUUCUACCGGAGGUUGCAGGAGGAGAUCGAGAGCAACCUGGAGGAGGAGGAGGCCGAUAGGAGGGAGAACGGCGAGGUGUUUGAGAUGAAGAUAGCGCUGCAAUUGGGGAGAAGCGUGUCUGAGCUCAGAGAACUCGCAGCCUAUGCGUCUCCUUCGCGCGAAGACGAAGACAUCAAGGAGUGCGCUGGGAAGCUGUUUUGA